AUGAGCGUGCACAACCCUCUCACACUCCUGCAGCUGGCCGUGCUAGGGCUGCUGAGGAAUGAUGCCUUGGUCAUCUCUGCUCUCAAGUACCUGCACAUUGAGCUCUCCCCACCACUUUUCAAGGAGGCCUUUGAUAGCAAAUACACAAAGAUAUUGAAGGCAAUGGUGGCAGACUGGCCUUUUCCCUGCCUUCCAGUGGGAGUACUGAUGAAGACCCCUGAUGUGGAGACCUUGCAAGCUGUGCUGGAAGUCAUAGACAUUCUGCUGAUGAAGAAGGCUCAUCCCAGACGUUGUAAGCUUCAAGUGCUCGAAUUAAGGAAAGUGCACCAGAAUUUCUGGCAUGUAUGGGCUGGAAGAGAAGAUGGAGCCGCGUCAGCAGAGAAAGGAAGCAAGAAGCAAGUAGUAAAACACCUUCCUAGAAAUUCCCAGAAGCAGCCUUUGAAGUUGGUCACUGACCUCAGCCUGUGCAACCAGCUGGAAGGACACCAAAAGUGCUUGUUGCAGUGGGCCCAGAAGAGAAAGGGCUCUGUGCAGAUGUGCUGUCUUAAGAUGCAGAUCUGUGACUCCCCUGCAGAGAUGGUCAGGGAAGUCUUGGACAUUUUCAAGCCACACUACAUUGAGGAAUUGGAAUGA